UCGAACACCUGACGCACUGCAUACUUGACGCACAGUCUGUCUACCUCCCUCCGCCAUAAACAGCACUAGGAGCUGAAUCUUUUUGCUUCAAUACACUUCAAUUUCACUUUUAAGUGGCACCAGUUUACUCUCAUAUUUCUAAUAGGAUUACGAAAAGGAAUUAUUUCAUAACAUUUUGAAGCUUGUAGUUCAACGUUGAUAUUGUGAGGACUGGUGAAUCGAGGGAUGAAGUUACCUGUCUGGGACCAGAGCCAGUGGGAGGCAUCCUGGUUGGUGUUAUGGGGAUUUGCAGUGUUUGUGAGGGGUGGGUUUGUGGAGCCUCCUCCAUCCUUUGCCCUGAGGUCCUUGACGGAGGAUGAGACGCGGCUGCCCUGUCAGUUCCAGAUUCAGGAGGACGAGCAGGUAGUGCAGGUCAGCUGGAUCAAGGAGCUACCUGAUGGCACCAAGGAGAAUAUCAUCACCGCCCACCGCACAGAGGGACACACAGAGUUUGGGCGGUACUCUGGGAGAGUGAGGUUUGAGAGCAGUCGCUCCAUGGUGAACUCUGCUCUGCUCAUCCUGACCACGGAGGAGUCUGAUGAGGGGAAAUACAUCUGUCACAUCAGCACAUUCCCCUAUGGGAACUUUGAAAGGAAGCUGUCACUCACUGUGUGGACCUUCCCCAUCUCCUCUCUGGACCCGGUGGUUCUGGAGGAGGGCCAGUCCUUCCACGUGGUUGCCACCUGCCGCUCCGUGGCCCGCCCUCCACCCCGCCUGACCUGGGACACGGACCUUCCUGGCCAGGCCCAGAACCGCAGCUCCGAGGGCGGGGCCGUGUCCACCCACUUCUCCCUGCACCCCCUGAGGAGCAUGAAUGGCAUGACGUUGGACUGCCUGGUCUGGCACCCUGCUCUGGAACAACCCCGCAGGAUCAGCAACCGCCUGGUGGUGCAAUUUCCCCCAGAUGCAUCUGUCACCGGCUUUGAUGGCAACUGGUACAUGGGACUGAAGGGAGCUGAACUCCGUUGUGAGUCUGGAGGAAACCCCAAACCAAACAACUUCACCUGGACCAGGGAUGGUAAGGCUCUGCCAGAUGGCCUGACUGUGGAUGGAGCAAGGCUUCUGUUUGGCCGAGCCCUGAGACAGAAUGACACUGGAGUUUAUGAAUGUGUGGUGAACAACGGCGUUGGGACAAGGAAAGUAGAAUGUAACAUCACAGUUACAGAGACAUCUCGGCGUGUGCAGGAAGUGAUCUUUGACACUCUAGUGAUGAUCAUUAUAGGUGUGGCUGCUGGGGUGUUGGUCAUCGUCAUGAUCAUCGUCAUCAUUUUAGUCAACCGAUACCACAGAAGCAAAAACAGCAAAUUAGAGAUGGAGCUUAGCAAAAGCAUGUUAGAAAUCAACACUCUCUCCAGACAGGCCUCCUCCAGGAGACUCAACUCUGUCAGCACAGACCCCAGAGGACAGAACGAAGACUGUAUACUACUCAGACUAGACAGUAGAAUGAAAAAAAGCCUAAUGUCCCUUGAGAACCAUCCCAUCUACAAAGGCAGUCAAUCAACCCUCGGUGGGAGGUGGGGGACGGUUCGAGAGGAUGAUUUGGACUACCUAGGCCGCCCCGUCCUGUACCAAUCUAGCUGGCGCGAGUGCAGAGAGAGUAUGAGGGGGGCUGAGAUGGAGGGAGAAAGGGAAGAGCGCAGACGAAGGGUGGAGUCGUACCUAAAGAGCAGCAAUAUGUCCCUGGCCUAUCUGUUUCUCUCAAUGCCACACAAUAUGUGGCUCUCUAUUUCUCAGGACUCUGGCCUUCAUUCCUCCCUUGUCCCCAUGAAGCCCCAGGAUCAGGAUGGCAAUGUGGGGCCCACAGACAUCCCCCCAAUGCUCAGCGACCUGGGUGGCCAGAGGGAAGGCAUGACUGAAGGGGAAGACUGGAGCGACAGACAGGACGUGCUGGAGGUUGACGAGGCUGACUGUGACACCAGUUCAUACCAGAUCACAGAGGCACUCUCCAACCACUUCCACUACAGCAACGGGUUCCUGCGGCCCAAACCACACUCCAACGCCAUCCUCCUACACCCCAGAGGACAGAACAUCUAGACAGGGGUGAAAGGAGUUGGUUGAAAAGGGAACUGCCCUCUACUCAACCCUAACCCAAUGGUCAUGGAGGCCUGUUAUAUUGCAGCAUCACUUUGUCAACUGUAAACCUAGUCUUGUCUAAGCACUUAUCAGUUGUGCUUGUGCUGUCAUUUUAGCUAACCUUAUAGUUCUGAUAUACUAAAUAUACCCUACCCUUGUGCGUUAAUGUUAUUUUCAUGUUUCUUUCUAUUUUAAAAAAUCUAAAUGGCUCAAAGUUUGAGAGAAUUCUCAUGUUUAUUCAUAAAAAUGUUUGCACUGGUAAAAGCAUGUCCACUGUCGUUUUUCUCUCCAGAUGUGUUAGUCUCCGGCAUAGUUUUAAAAAUACGAUGGAGAUCCGGCUCUUGAUAACAUUGUUCUUUUUAAAAGGUUACAAGCAGGAGGCUGUGAUCCCUCCCUACAGUAUGUUAGCACCACUAGUGGUAGGUUUUAACCUUGUGGUAGGUUUUCACUGCUCUCACUUUACAAAAUAGAAAGACAAAAGUAACAUUCUGCUGCUUUCUGCAAGUGUCUUCACUGUCUUCUCAUAAACUCUGUUCUCAGUCAUUAGAAAAUGUUGGUCAAUAGCUAGGUUUCCAUCCAAUUGGCGACAGAUUUUCAUGUGAAUAUUCUAGAAUCCGUGUAAAAUAUUUGUAUUUCAAACCAGUGUUUACACCAAACUGACUUGUUUUCAUGUACCGAAUAAAAAUCUAAAGUUCAA